AUGUCGGAAAGGGAUAACCUUGCUGAGACAGCAGGAACGGCAGGAAAUAAACAAGCCAGGAAGAAAAGAAACUUAAAAAAGCGGCAAAAAACACUAAUUCCCACCGAGCUUACAACUUUAAUAUUAAGUCGUAAACGGUCAAUGUGUAAUGUUUUGGAAUUUGGGGAGCAUAAGGUUAUUUAUAAGAGAUAUGCAAGUCUUUACUUUGCUGCCGGAAUAGACUGGGAUGAAAAUGAAUUAUACGUAUUAGAAGUGAUACAUCGCUACGUACAAGUAUUGGACGAGUAUUUUGGAAAUGUGUGUGAACUGGAUAUCAUCUAUAACUUUGAUAAGGCGUAUCAGGUUUUAGAUGAAUUGAUAAUGGGUGGGGAAAUGCAAGAACCAAAUCGAAAAGCUAUCGUUCGCCAUAUAUCAGGUUUUGAAAAGUUCUGCGAAUUAGAUGUCAUAACAACAAAUAUCAAAAACACAGUAAUGUUGUCACUUGCUCCGUUGACUCCAGAUUCUCAAAAGCACCCAUGCAUCAACUCAGCCAACACUUUUGAUGACAAUACUAUGGUUUCAAAUAUCAUCGAAGAGGGUGAAGUGACCUUGGGCGCUUGUACCGUACUUGUCUCACAUUAUGAUCCUACAACACGAAAAAUUAUAAAUUCAUCCGUUAACGCGUGUUUAGCGCCUUUGUGUUCUAUUGACGGAAAACACGUGAUUACUAUCGAGGGAGUUGGAAGUUCACAUAAACCACAUCCUGUUCAGGAAAGGAUCGCGUUGAUGCAUGGUUCACAAUGCGGAUAUUGUACUCCAGGAAUCGUCAUGUCAUUAUACGCGUUACUCAGGAAUAAUCCUGAGCCAUCAGAAAUAGAAAUCGAAGACUGUCUUGAUGGAAACCUUUGUCGAUGUACUGGAUACAGACCUAUUCUUGACGCAGCAAAAACUUUCGCGUCUGAUUCACCAUUUACUAUACGUCAAAGUGGAAUCGGUGAUGAAAAGUGUGACGAUUUGGAUGGUAGUCGUGUUGAUGACAAUUCAUGUUUGGAAAAAUCGCAAAAGAAAGGAUGCGGGCGUGAGAAAUGUUGUCAGCUUAACGAAAAACCUGAAGAUUUUAUCAUUCUUGAUAAAUUUCCGCAGUAUAAAUUAAAGCGUUAUGAUCCGUCACAAGAACUAAUUUUCCCGCCAUCACUUAUGAAUCGAGUUUUGACGCCACUUUCUUUUACCGGAAGAAAAACGAAAUGGUUUCGGCCAACAAAUCUUAAUCAAUUGUUAGACCUCAAGAGAUUAUAUCCAAGCGCAAAAUUGGUAUCGGGAAAUACAAGAGUUGGCAUUGAAACAAAAUUCGAAAAACUAGAGUACCCAAUUCAGAUCUAUGUUGGCGAUGUCGAAGAAUUACAGGGUUGGGAGUUUGGAGAGCAUGGUUUGACAAUUGGGGCAAACAUAAAUUUUUCAAAGCUUAUAAAGGUUUUGCAAGAUGCUUGUGGGCAUUAUAAGCCAUAUCAAACGCAAAUUUUCCAAGCUAUCCUCAAUAGCUUGCGACGGUUCGGCGGAACUCAAAUUCGCAAUAUUGCAACCCCGGCAGGAAACAUUAUUACCGGCUCUCCAACAUCAGACUUAAAUCCAAUACUUCUUGCAACAAAUACUCUUUUCACACUCGCUUCACUCAUAAAUGAUUCUGAUCAAACUAAAAUUCAACGUGUUGUAUCAUCUGCAUCAUUCUGGACCGGAUAUAAAAAGUCAAUAUUAGCAGAGAUUGAAAUUCUUGAAUCAAUUUUUAUUCCAUGUUCAGUAGAAAAUGAGUUUGUGAGAACUUAUAAGCAAGCGAAGCGACGUGAUGGGGAUAUCGCGAUAGUUAAUGCCGCAUUAAGAGUUUCACUAAAUAAUGAAUUUCUGGUUAGAGAUGCUUCUUUCUCGUUUGGAGGGAUGGGUGAUGUAACUUUGCGUGCUCAACAGUCUGAAACUUUUGUCAAAGGACAAAAAUGGGGUGAUGAUAAAGUUCUUCAAGGAUUAUUAGACACACUUUUACAGGAGCUACAACUUAACUUUUCUGCCCCUCGUGGUAUGGCAUCAUAUCGUAGGUCUCUCGCGGCUGGCUUUUUAUAUAAAUUUUGGCAUGAUGUCGGAACAAAGCUCGGGCUGUUUACCAUUAACAAAAGUAGUGAUAAGAUGAUUAUUGCUGAUGAAUUUACUGAAUUAAUUGAACGAAAGGUAUCUCGAGGUGUGCAGAGUGUUGGUAAACCAGAAGAUGGAAAGAUUCACGUUGGAAAAUCUAUUCCACAUGCAUCUGCUUUUUCGCAAGUGGCUGGUGAAGCUGUGUAUGUGGAUGAUAUUCCAAAAAUACAUGGUGAAUUGUAUGGUGCGUUACUGUUAUCAAAGGAACCGCAUGCAAAGAUCUUAAGCAUUGACGCAAAUGAAGCCUUAACACAACCUGGUGUGCGUGGAUUUUUUUCGGCCAAAGAUGUCCCUGGAAAAAAUAGCUGGGGAUUUAUUUUUAAAGAUGAAGAAAUUUUUGCAAGUUCAGAAGUGCAUUGUGUCGGACAAAUUAUUGGUCUUAUUGUGGCUGAUUCACAAACAUUAGCACAGGAAGCCGUAAGGCUUGUGAAGGUAGAAUAUGAUCGACUUCCGUAUAUAUUGACUAUUGAAGAAGCAAUCAAGUAUCAUAGCUUUUUCCCGGUUGCACCUGAAUUUUCUCGAGGAGAUAUAGAUAACGCAUUUAAUGAAGCAGAUUACACAUUUGAAGGAAGCUGUAGGAUCGGUGGCCAAGAACAUUUUUACAUGGAAACUCAGGUUUCGCUUGUUAUUCCAAAACCUGAAAACCACGAAUUUGAGAUCCACGCAGCAACUCAAGCUCCUACGGAAAUUCAAGAAGUCCUCGCUUCCGCACUCGGUAUUUCAUCCAACAAAAUAGUUUGCCGAGUAAAAAGAUUAGGUGGUGCUUUUGGUGGGAAAGAAACUCGAAGUAUCCAAUUGGCCGCACCGUUGGCAAUUGGGGCGUGGCAUACGAAAAAGCCGGUUAGGUGCAUGUUGAAUCGUGAUGAAGAUAUGAUCAUCACGGGGCAACGGCAUCCAGCUUUGGCACACUGGCGUAUUGGAAUAAAUAAGGAUGGGAGAAUAAAAGGACUUGAUUUGUUUGUAUACCUAAAUGCCGGAUGGACUUCAGAUUUAUCACCUGCUAUAUUGGGAUGGGCCAUGGUUCAUUCCGACAAUUGUUAUUAUAUUCCGAAUAUGAGGGUUCGGGGUAAAAUUUGUAAAACUAACAUUCACUCUAACACGGCGUUUCGUGGAUUCGGAGCUCCACAAGGAAUGCUGAUAAUGGAAAAUAUAAUUAAUGAGGUGGCUGAUUCUAUGGGCAUCAGCGUUGAUUCAUUAAGGGAAAUAAAUUUCUAUAAAGAAGGGCAAAAGACACACUACGAUCAACUCCUUACCGAUUGGCACCUGCCACAACUGUACCAACAUCUAAAAACAACAAGUGAAUUUGAAAAAAGACGACGGGAGGUUGAUCUUUACAAUGCGAAUCAUAAAUGGCGGAAACGCGGUUUAGCGUUUACUCCCUCAAAAUUCGGGUUAGGGUUUCCUUAUUUGUUUAUGAACCAAGCGGGAGCAUUGAUCCAUAUAUAUAUUGAUGGGAGCGUGCUUGUUAGUCACGGUGGUGUUGAAAUGGGCCAAGGUUUACACACUAAAAUGCUGCAAAUUGCAGCUGAAGCGCUUUCCAUUCCAUUAGAUCAGGUUCAUUUAAUGGAAACCUCGACAAAUAGUGUUGCGAAUGCAACUACUACUGGCGGUAGUUUGUCUAGUGAUCUUAAUGGUUAUGCUGUUGCAAAUGGAUGCGAAAAACUUGCGGAGAGAUUACGACCAUAUCGCGAAAAGAUGCCAAAUGCAAGCUUUAAAGAGAUUGUUCAAGCAGCCUAUUUCGAUCGCGUAAAUCUAUCCGCAAAUGGAUUUUACAAAACUCCCGACCUCGGAUACUCUAUGGAAAGAAACAAAGGCCAAAUGGUUUCCUACUUUACAAUGGGAGCCGCGGUCUCCGAAGUCGAAAUAGACACUUUGACUGGUGAUCACACGAUACUGCGGACAGACUUGUGUAUGGAUAUUGGAAAGAGUUUGAAUUAUGCGAUUGAUAUUGGGCAGAUUGAAGGCGGAUUCGUGCAGGGCGUUGGAUGGUGUACUAUUGAGGAAAGCUUGUUUUUGCAGAGUGGACAUCUUUAUACACGCGGGCCGGGGAAUUAUAAGAUACCUGGAUUUAGAAAUAUUCCCCAGGAUUUCCGUGUUAGCAUUUUCCAAGGAGCACAGUACCCUCAUCUAAAAACCAUUCACAGUAGUAAAGGUAUUGGCGAGCCACCAUUUUUCCUGGGAUCCUCGGUAUUCUUUGCAAUUAGGGAUGCCAUCAAAGCUGCAAGAAAAGCAAAUUCCGUAAACAAAAUAGUGAAUCUUUGUUCCCCUGCUACACCAGAACGAAUUCGUAUGGCAUGCAUUGAUCCUAUUUCUAUAGCGGCAAGUGUCUCGAAGAAAGAUGAUGAAGAAUCUUGGAUUGUGAUGGCUUAG